AUGAUCAGAAGCAGAAAGCAGAAGAAUAAAGCUUUAAAUAGGCAAUGGCUCAACAAUAAUCCUUUCAAAAUCUCCCUCCUGUCGUGGAGACUAUACUUAGGUAAGCUUCCUUUCGAUGAUAUUAUUGCUAAAUUUGGUAACCAAAUUGUUUCAAGAUGCAUGUGCUGCCAGAGUCCUAAGGAGGACACCAUUCAACAUGUCUUCAUUGAGGGGGACACUGCCAAAUUUCUUUGGAACACCUUUGGAGCCCCUAUAGGCAUUAAACAUGAAAACUGGCCAGUUAGGAGAGCCCUCAGAAAUUGGUGGGACGGGAAACCAAAGAACAAAAUCCACAUAUUCAUUCUUCGUGCAGUUCCAUUAGCAAUCAACUGGAAAAUUUGGAAAAAUUGGAGAACAUGUCGAUAUGGAGAUCAAAAGAAGUUUCAACCAAGGAAAAUGGAGUACCAAGUAAUGUGGACUGUUCAAGCGGCAUUGUCUAUGGCCUUCCCCAAAUGCAACAUGACGGAUUCAUGGCCAAUUUUCUGUGAGAAAGUAGAACGGUGGAAUCCUACUUCGAUAGUGCAUCAAGUUACUUGGCAAAAACCACCUAAUGGAAGGAUUAAAAUCAAUACUGAUGGAAGCUACUUACAUGAAACGGGAAGCGCUGGAAUUGGAGGUAUUGCGCGAAAUGAAGAAGGGGAUCUAAUAAUGGCUUUCUCCCUUCCAGUCCAAAGCAACACCAACAAUAGCACGGAAGCAAUGGCUGCCAAAGUAGGAAUUCAAUGGUGUAUCCAACAGGGGUAUAAUGACUUCUAUCUGGAGAUAGACUUACAGAUAGUGGCCAAUAUGCUCAAUGAACGAUACACUGAUAACCUUCACUUGAAAGACUUGAUUGAUGAAAUAACCAGGAUAAUGCACAAUGUUGAAAUUAAUAUAGCUCACUACUUCAGAGAAGCAAACCAAGUGGCGGAUACCUUAGCAAAAAAUGCAGCAAAAAACGGGAGCAGUGGCUACUACUACACAUUUCAACAGCUCCCAGGAAAUGCCAAAGGUCCUUUCCAGCUUGAUAAAUGGCAACUACCUAGCUUUAGAAUUAGGUACGAUAAGGCCAAUUUCUUUGUAAGUUGA